UGGUUUCUUUCUUCUCCCUGUUGAACGGGAGCGAGUGAGAUGAGACGGCCCUUCUGAUGCUCGGCCACGGGGGGAGGAAGAAGCUGCUGCGGAUAUCCGUCUCAUACCUGCCUCAAAACGGGCUCUUUUCAUCGCUUAUUUCUUUUUUGUUUGUCUCCCCCCGCUGACAGCUUUGCGUGAAAGCGACCUAUUUCACAUAUAGCUACAUGCAAAAAGCCUGGUUUCGUUUCGUAACCGGGUAGCGACGCGGAGGAAAAGCUGUUGAUAUUAUUAUUUAUUUUUUUGUUGGAAGAUGCGGAUUUAAAGGAAAGCCGUUGCCCCGCGUUACCUGGGAUUCUUUCACCGUUGCGUCUCACGUUAACGUCAGCUCACAGUCGCACGCGCUGGUAGCAACGGAAGAUAUCACAGCGACGCGUUGUCCACAUUAUCGACAACCUCUGUGACGGGAGACAAAACUAAGGGGUUGAAUGCGUCUUCCUCCAGCGCCAACACCAUGAGCACCCUCUCGCCGACGGACUUUGACAGCUUGGAGAUCCAGCAGCAGUACAAUGACAUCAACAACCGCUGGGACCUGGCAGCAGAGACCGACUGGGACAAUGAGAACAGCUCCGCGCGCCUCUUCGAGCGCUCGCGCAUCAAGGCUCUCGCAGAUGAGCGUGAAGCCGUACAGAAGAAGACCUUUACCAAAUGGGUAAACUCUCACCUAGGCCGAGUCACAAGUCGCAUUGGUGACUUGUACACCGACCUGCGCGAUGGCCGCAUGCUAAUCCGCCUUCUGGAGGUGCUCUCUGGAGAACAGCUGCCAAAACCCACUAAGGGGCGCAUGCGAAUCCACUGCCUGGAGAAUGUUGAUAAAGCCCUGCAGUUUCUCAAGGAGCAAAAAGUCCAUUUAGAAAACAUGGGAUCACAUGACAUUGUUGACGGGAAUCACCGUCUCACCCUGGGUCUCAUCUGGACCAUCAUCCUUCGCUUCCAGAUCCAGGACAUUAGUGUGGAGACAGAAGACAACAAGGAAAAGAAAUCGGCUAAAGAUGCCCUGCUGCUUUGGUGCCAAAUGAAAACUGCUGGAUACCCCAAUGUCAACAUUCACAACUUCACCACCAGCUGGAGAGAUGGCCUGGCGUUCAGUGCCAUCGUGCACAAACACAGACCUGACGUGAUUGAGUUUGACAACCUGAAAAGGUCCAACGCUCACUACAAUCUCCAGAACGCUUUCAAUGUGGCUGAGAAGGAUCUUGGGCUCACCAAGCUCCUCGACCCAGAAGAUGUUAAUGUUGAUCAACCUGAUGAGAAGUCCAUUAUUACCUACGUGGCAACCUAUUACCAUUACUUCUCAAAGAUGAAAGCCCUGGCAGUGGAGGGAAAACGAAUUGGCAAGGUACUGGACUAUGCUAUCGAGGCUGACCAACUCAUAGAGAAGUAUGAGAGUCUGGCCUCAGAGCUGCUGCAGUGGAUUGAGCAGACCAUCGGGACGCUCAAUGAUCGGCAGCUAGCUAACUCUCUGAAUGCUGUGCAAAACCAGCUGCAGGCUUUUAACUCCUACCGAACUGUGGAGAAACCCCCCAAAUUCACUGAGAAAGGAAACUUGGAAGUUCUUCUCUUCACUAUCCAGAGCAAGAUGAGAGCAAACAAUCAGAAGGUCUACAUGCCCAGAGAGGGCAAACUCAUCUCCGACAUCAACAAGGCAUGGGAGCGACUGGAAAAGGCCGAGCACGAGCGAGAGCUGGCCCUGAGGAAUGAGUUGAUCCGCCAGGAGAAGCUGGAGAUGCUGGCCGCACGUUUUGAUCGCAAGGCCGCCAUGCGGGAGACGUGGCUGAGUGAGAACCAGAGGCUGGUGUCUCAGGACAACUUCGGAACUGACCUGGGAGCUGUGGAAGCAGCCACCCGCAAACACGAAGCAAUAGAGACCGACAUCGGGGCAUAUUGGGAGCGCGUGGCUGCUGUAGAGGCCGUCGCCAAAGAAAUGGAAGCAGAGCGGUACCAUGACGUGCGGCGUGUAAUCGCACGGAGGGACAAUGUGCUUCGACUCUGGGAAUACCUGAAGGAGCUUCUGGCCGCACGCAGAGAGCGGCUGAACGCCCACCGCGACCUUCAGAGACUGUUUGAGGAGAUGCGCUACAUCAUGGACUGGAUGGCGGACAUGAAGGGUCGUCUGCAGUCUCAGGAUUGUGGCAAACACUUGCAUGACGUGUUAGACCUACUGCAGAAACACACUCUGGUAGAGGCUGACAUUUCAGCGCAGGCAGAGAGGAUCAAGGCCGUUCAGGGAGCGGCACAGCGCUUCACUUCUUAUGAACAGGCCUACAAACCGUGUGAGCCGGGACUAGUUAGUGAGAAGGUUGACCUUCUCGGUCAAGCCUACGAGGAGCUAGGUCAGCUUGCCGGGAAACGUAGAGUGCGUCUUGAGGAGUCGCGCCGCUUGUGGCAGUUCCAGUGGGAUGUGGGAGAAGAAGCAGCCUGGAUCCGAGAGCAGGAGCAGAUCCUGGCCAGCGGAGACUGUGGCCGGGACCUCACUUCUGCCCUUCACCUGCUCAGCAAACAUGAGGCCUUCAGGGAUGAGAUGGCAGCUCGCUACGGCCCCCUGAGUAACAGCAUCGCUGCUGGAGAAGCUUUGGUUCAGGAGGGUCACUUUGGAGCUCCAGAGGUCGUAGAAAGGAUUCAAGACAUCAACGCACAGUGGGCACACCUGGAGGAGACAACUAAGCUCAGAGAGCAGAGCCUCAAGGAAGCCGUGGCCCUGCACCAGUUUCAAACAGACGCCAAUGACAUGGAGGCAUGGAUCAUGGAGACGUUUAGACAGGUGUCAAGUCAAGAGGUUGGCCACGAUGAGUUCUCCACCCAAACUAUUGCUCGCAAGCAGAGGGAGGUGGAGGAGGAGAUCCAAAGUCACCGCCCCGGGAUCGACUCCCUGCACGAGCAGGUGCAAGCACUGCCACAGGCCUAUAUACACUUCCCUGAGGUGGAUGGUCGCCUUCCUGAUAUUGAGCGGCGUUACGAAGAACUGGAGUCUCUGUCAGUAGCACGGCGCCAGGCUCUGGAGGGGGCCCUGGCCCUCUACCGCAUGUUCAGUGAAGCCGGUGCCUGCCAGCUGUGGGUGGAGGAAAAGGAGCAGUGGUUACAUGGCAUGGAGAUCCCUACCAAGCUGGAGGACCUAGAGGUGGUCCAACAGAGAUUUGAGACACUGGAACCUGAGAUGAACAACCUAGGCACUCGUGUCACUGAUGUGAAUCAGGUGGCUGAGCAGCUGCUGAGCUCCGACAACUGUAACAAAGAUCAAAUCCAUCAGACACGAGACCAACUGCACAACAGAUGGAAGGAGUUUGAACAACUGGCUGACCAAAAGAAAGUUGCCCUAGAGUCAGCCCUUAACAUCCAGAACUACCACUUGGAGUGUAAUGAAAUCCAAUCUUGGAUGAAAGAAAAAACCAAAGUGAUUGAGUCGACCCAGAGCCUGGGCAACGACCUGGCUGGAGUGAUGGCGCUGCAACGCAAACUCACUGGCAUGGAAAGGGACCUGGAGGCCAUUCAGGGCAAACUGGAUGACCUGAGGAACGAGGCUGAAAAACUGGCCUUGGAACAUCCAGAUCAGGCAGGAGAGAUUCAAGGACACCUGGAAGAGAUUCAAGAAGUGUGGGAGGAGUUGAACGCCACCAUGAAGCGGCGCGAGGAGUCUCUGGGAGAGGCCAGCAAGCUUCAGGGCUUCCUCAGGGAUCUGAAUGACUUUCAGUCCUGGCUGUCCCGCACCCAGACGGCUGUGGCCUCGGAGGACAUUCCUACUUCCGUGCCUGAGGCCGAAAGUUUGCUAGCCCAGCACGAGAGCAUUAAGAACGAGGUGGAUAACUAUAAGGAGGACUACGAGAAGAUGCGAGCGGUCGGUGAGGAAGUGACACAAGGUCAGACCGAUGCCCAGCACAUGUUCUUGGCCCAGAGACUCCAGGCCCUGGACACUGGCUGGCACGAGCUGCGUCGCAUGUGGGAGAACCGCCACAAUCUCUUGGCCCAGGCCUUUGACUUCCAGACGUUCUUGAGAGACGCGAAGCAGGCAGAGGCUUUCCUCAACAACCAGGAGUAUGUGCUGUCCCACACAGAAAUGCCCACCAGUCUUCAAGGAGCAGAGGAGGCCAUUAAGAAGCAUGAUGAUUUCCUCACUACCACAGAGGCCAGUGAGGAGAAGAUAAUUGGUGUGGUGGAGGCUGGACGGCGUCUUAUUCAUGACAGUAAUGCAAACUCUGAUAAGAUAGAAGAAAAAGUGGAUUCCAUCCAGGAAAGGCAUGUUAAGAAUAAGGAGGCUGCAAAUGAACUGCUCGCCAAGCUCAAGGACAACCGGGAACUGCAGCACUUCCUCCAAGAUGGACAGGAGCUCACGUUGUGGAUAAAUGAGAAGAUGCUGACGGCACAGGACAUGUCUUAUGAUGAGGCCCGAAAUCUUCACAGCAAGUGGCAGAAGCAUCAGGCCUUCAUGGCAGAGCUGGCCUCCAACAAAGAUUGGCUGGACAAGAUUGAUAAGGAGGGCCAGGCACUGGUGGCCGAGAAGCCGGAGCUUAAACCUGUUGUCCAGCAGACCCUGGAGGACCUGCAGCGCCAGUGGGAGGAGCUGGAGGGCACCACCCGCACCAAGGCCCAGUGCUUGUUCGAUGCUAACCGGGCAGAGCUCUUUACACAGAGCUGCUCUGCUCUGGAUGUCUGGCUGAAAAACCUUGAGGGCCAGUUGCAUAGCGACGACUAUGGCAAAGAUUUGACUAGUGUCAACAUUCUACUCCAGAAGCACCAGAUGCUGGAGCACCAGAUGGAGGUCAGAGAGAAGGAGGUGCAGUCCCUGCAGACUCAGGCCCUGGCUCUGUCCCAGGAAGACGCUGGGAUCGCUGAGGUAGAUGGUCAGCAAAGGCGCGUCACCGACAACUUCUCUAACCUUCAGGAUCCUCUCACACUGAGGAGACAGCGACUACUUGCCUCCAAAGAAGCACACCAAUUCAACAGAGAUCUGGAGGAUGAAAUUCUCUGGGUGAAGGAGAGGAUGCCCCUGGCCGACUCCACAGACCAUGGAAAAGACCUGCCCACCGUACAGCUGCUAAUCAAGAAGAACCAGACAUUGCAAAAGGAGAUCCAGGGCCACCAGCCCCGCAUUGAUGACAUUCAUAGACGAGGCCAGACUCAGAGCCAGGUAGAUGGAGAAAGACAGUCUGUCCUGGAGGAGCGCCUUGUUGAGCUGCGGGACCUCUGGGACCAGCUGAUAGCCGAGACAGACAAGCGCCAUGCCCGUCUAAUGGAGGCAAAUCGCGCCCAGCAGUUCUAUGCUGAUGCGGCGGAGGCGGAGGCCUGGAUGGGAGAGCAGGAGCUCCACAUGAUGUCUGAGGAAAAAGCCAAGGAUGAGCAAAGUGCACUGGUGAUGGUCAAGAAGCACCAGACCCUGGAGCAGGCACUUGAAGACUACGCCCAAACCAUUCACCAACUAGCCAACAGCAGCCGCACCAUGGUGAACGGUGAACACCCAGAGAGCGAGAGAAUCACCUUACGGCAAGCACAAGUUGACAAACUGUAUGCCGGGUUGAAAGACCUUGCAGAGGAGCGUCGAGGGCGACUUCAGGAGAGACUGCGGCUCACCCAACUGAAGCGGGAGGUGGAUGACCUGGAACAGUGGAUUGCUGAGAGGGAGGUGGUUGCUGGCUCCCAUGAACUAGGGCAGGACUAUGAACAUGUUACAAUGCUGAGGGACAAGUUCCGGGAGUUUGCUCGUGACACCAGCACCAUUGGCCAGGAGCGCGUGGAUGGGGUCAACGGGCUGGCAGAUGACCUGAUUGAGUCGGGUCAUCCUGAGAACGCUAGUGUGGCUGAGUGGAAAGACGGGCUGAACGAGGCUUGGGCCGAUCUGCUGGAGCUGAUCGACACCCGCACGCAAAUGUUAGCGGCCUCCUAUGAGUUGCACCGCUUCCAUCAGGAUGCCAUGGAGGUGCUCGGACGUGUUAAGGAGAAGCGAGAAGGGCUGCCUUCUGACCUCGGCCGUGAUUUGAACACCGUUCAGCAUCUACACAGACAGCACAACACUUUCGAAAAUGACAUCCAGGCCCUGAGCGGACAGGUGAACCAGGUGCAAGAUGAUGCAGCACGGCUGCAGAAGGCCUACGCAGGGGAAAAGGCGGACGACAUUAACAGGAGCGAACAGGCUGUGACCUCCGCCUGGGAGGGCCUGCUUGAGGCAGGUCAGGCCCGCAGGCUCCUCCUGCUGGACACUGUGGAGAAGUUCCGCUUCCUCAACAUGGUCCGAGACCUAAUGCUCUGGAUGGAUAGUGUCAAUCUGCAGAUUGACGCACACGACAGCCCCAGGGAUGUGUCUUCUGCUGGGUUGGUCAUAGCCAAUCAUCAGGACAUCAAGUCAGAGAUUGAGACAUGGGCAGACAGCUUUACUGCCUGUAAUGAGAUGGGAAAUUCUCUCAUCAACAACAACCAUUAUGCAGCUGAUGAGAUCCGCGAGAAACUGGCUCAAGUCCAGGAAGGGAGAGAGAAGAUCAACAAUAAGUGGCAAGAUAAGAUGGACCAUCUACAAAUUGUGCUGGAGGUGUUGCAGUUCGGGCGCGACGCCUGUGUGGCAGAGUCUUGGUUGGCAGGUCAGGAGCCUCUGGUGCGAGCUGCAGAGUUGGGCUCAAAUGUAGAUGAGGUCGAGAGCCUAAUUAAGCGCCACGAGGCCUUUGAGAAACUCGCCACGGCCUGGGAAGACCGCUUUGUGCUGCUGGAGAAACUUACUACGCUUGAGGAGCAAGAGAUGCAGAGGAGGCGAGAGGAGGAAGAGAGAGCCAGGCGACCCCCGACACCACCCCUGGCAGAAGUGGCCCAAUCUGAAACAGAAAGUCAGGUUCAUGACUCUUUAGCCAGAACCAGUCUGGACCAGACCACCCUCAACCAGUCUGUGUCAGUGAAUGGAGUUCACAGUGACAACGACACGUCGCAGCAGUCAUUAUCGCUAUCAGUGGGAAAGAAAUCAGAGCCUAAGCGCGUGUGUAAGCCAAAGCAGCCGGAGCGUGGCUCCGAAUCCGAGUCGGUGAACGGACCCGGCAGGGACAGCGGGCUGGCCUCCUCUCGCCUCGAUCCUUCUGCCACGUUACCGGGCAGGGGCGGAGCCGAGCCGGACACCACGGAGGGAAUGCUUUGUCGAAAACAGGAGAUGGAGUCCCACAACAAAAAGGCAGCUACCCGGUCCUGGCAGAACGUCUACUGUGUCCUCAGAAAAGGAAGUCUGGGUUUCUACAAAGACGGCAAGAGCGCCAGUGGUGGCAUUCCAUACCACGGAGAGGUACCCAUCAGCCUGGGAGAGGCAGUCUGCGAGGUAGCACACGACUAUAAGAAGAGAAAAUUUGUAUUCAAGCUCAGGCUAGGGGAUGGAAAAGAGUACCUGUUUCAAGCAAAGGAUGAGGCCGAGAUGAGCUCCUGGAUCCGUUCCAUCAUCAGCUCCAUUCCAACAGGAGCGGCGGACUCGCCCGUAGGUCCACGGGCGCUGAGCCGCGCCAUGACCAUGCCUCCCAUCUCCUCCGGCUCGGGGGAAGCCGGGGGCGUCACCAUGCGUAACAAAGACGGGAAAGACAAGGAUCGCGAGAAGAGGUUCAGCUUCUUUGGCAAAAAAAAAUAGAACACUCGUGUUAUCGCUGGAAAGUGCAUUUUGUUUAAAUUUCAAAGAACUGAAGCAGUCGGAAAAGCAAAUUGCAGACAGGUAACACAGCCGCGCUGCUCUCAGCGCAGACCACAAGGAAUUUGUUGACCGCUACUUAACGUGGCUUACAGAGAACUCUUUUUCUUUCUCUUAUUUUUUCCCUCGCCAGUUUCUAUCUGUCAUUCACAUUUUCCUUCAGCCAAUUCAGAAUUCAAGUUCAGCUGCACCCGACGGUGAAAGCCCUCAUCCAAAUUCAGGCGAUUCCCGCCAGUGGUCUGCAUUACUAGAGAUUCAGGACCAGUUCCUCCUUCGGAACAAAUAUCGUCUCUUCAGUUAGUCUUGACGGUGGAAACGUUGUCAUUGGCCGAUGUCCUGCAAGGAAUACGAAGGCCGCAGGAAGCGGAGCACUUUGGAUGCUGUGUCAUUAUAUAAAACAUCCAAUAAAACAAUGGAUGGUGGCUUUCCACUGGGGUGCACUCUGGUUUUAUUUCCCUGCUUUAAAGCGCUUUUUGAGGAUCACAUCAGUCUCUUUUUCUGUUUUUGGUAUUGAUGUUAUUAACCUGACGGAUUAUUAUUGCUAUUUUUAUUAUUUAUCUUUUGCUAUUGCUGCUUUGAGAAAACAAGCAGAUUAAUUUGCCAUUAGAUAUUCUUAAAACAUUGUGGAGAGAAACAAAUUUGGUUAAAUUAGUUGAGAAUGUUGGGCUUGCCCUUGUAUGUAAAAAUUUUUUUUAGGAAUGACAGUUGAAGAGGUGUUGCGAGAAAAAAAAUAAAGCUCAUAAAAUUUUAGAAGUGUGCAGUAAGUGAUCACAAGUUUCAUUGGGAAAAUAAUAUAUAUAUUUAAUAAGUGGUUUAAUUUUUAAUUUUGUCUCAAUUAUGCCUGUAUUUCAUCAUUUCUUUUGAGUGGUCUUUCCUGCUUGAUUUUCAACAUUACUUUUUCUGUACAAAACAGAGAAGAUUAGUUUUCUAGUGUGUGUGUGGGUGUGUGUGUGUGUGCGUGCGUGUGAGUUGUGGUGCUGUGGACUUUGCACGUUUAUGUUCUUCCUGAUAAAACAUGGCAGGAUGAAUGCUGCUUUUUGGUAUGCAGACAAAAUCCAGACACAACAUAAUAUUACUGGAAUGAUUUCAUAAAAUCAGCUUUUUCUUUGCUUCCGGUUUCUAUUACAUGUAGGCCGACAUUACCUAUGAAUUUCUGAGGUUUAAUUAUUUUUGUUUUAGUCUUUUAAUAUCUCUAUCUGUUCUCUCUAUCUACUGGUGUGAUGGCAUGCGGGCUGUUGGUAGAUACAACGCUGAAGCACAUUCUCUGUGGCAGACCGCAGGUGGACAGCUCUCAUUAAGGGAAGCCAUGUUUGUCUCGGCAGUGAAGGACGCUGUCAAUGUGCUCCGCGACAGACGGGUGUAUUGAGCCUUACUUGAACCCACUACAGAUACACUGAACCCCUUUUUACAAACCCACCCCACAUUCAAACUGUCUUAAAGGAAUACUUUCGGUGGCACGAAAGACAGGAGUGUUAUAAAAUGUGCCCCGUGGCAAUGAUCUGAUGCAGGUGUAUGCAGGUGCUACAGGAAUUACAGUAAUCAUGGGACGCUCUACUCACUCACUGGCAGAGAGCGAAAGUCCUCGUGUGUCUCCAAGAGGAGCUCCGUGCUCUUGCAUACGUGGCGUGACUUCAUGUGGGUUUAUACUUGUAUGUGUGUCAUCUAUUCUCUUCUGAGAUCACUUCAUAUACAGGGUCCAAGAGCAACUAAUUGGUAUUUACAGUAAUCCGAAACAAAAUCAUGGCAACCCGACAUAUUUCAUUCAUUUAUUAGUCCCCUCAAAUAUGGUACAUGGUUGAACCGAUAAAGGCAUAUACAGUAUUAUGUGAGACCGUAGACAAUAGUGAAUUGUUAUAUAAAUUGAUUGUUAACUGUUGCUAUAGUCACUCACUCGAAUCCAAGUUUGAAUUUACCUUUGUAACUACCAAAAUGCCACAAGAAGUUUCAGGAAAACCUGAAUUCAGGAGUUUUAGAUUUAUUUCAACUAUUUAAGUCAUUUAUUCCACCUGGAAAGUACCUCUUUAAAGCUGCGGGCUGUAGGCGUGCGUACCGUACGGCUCGGGAGAAUGUGGAACACAAACCGCUGGAAACAAACAGGUCGGCCUUAUCUCGCAGUCCCAAAUGAAUGUGGAACCAGAGAUCUAUUGCUCAGACACCCCUGAACCAGAGGUGACCAGUAUCUGAACAUCCACUCUGAGACUAUUGAAGAGGUGACGGAACCUGCUCCAAACUUUUUCAAACCGACUCCCGUCGGUUGGAUUCAGUGUCUCGUGUGGGGCGACCCGGCUCCCAGUUUGAGAAGCUUAAAAAAAUCUUUGAUCCCCUGGGAACCGAGUCAACGAGGUCCCUGCAUAGAUAAGUCAGCCAAUGCAGCCGGCGUACAUAGUGCACAAUUUUAAAUGGAUGAGUCAUUCUACCCCAGUGGAUGAGCUGUUUAUAGUAAUCAUUGCCACCUUUUCUCUGCUCCGGACAUCGGAUGCGGCGUUCAGUUGACGUUAAGGUCUUGAUGUUUAAAGGUCACACCGUGUAUUUUCUUAACGGCUCAUUUGAAUGCGAAUGAUAGAAAUUAGUUUGGCCAAAUUGGUCAUGAGAAGCAAAAAUGUUUCACAUAAUGUACACAAACUUUCUCUUUCACAAAGGCUCGCACAUUAAUUCUGCACUGCGCGGUUAAUGCAGAAUGACCCCGGCAAUCCAGUUUUGUGGAUAUGUCCUCAGCUGGCUGUGAUUGGAUGUUGCAUUCGGCAUCCCGUUUGAAGUAGCUUUGUGCUACUGGUGAUCUUUUGACCAGAACGUGGAAAGUUAUGUAUUAUUGAUGUCAAAAAGACACGUUUUUAGUAAUGAGAGUACUUGUAAACUUGGAGUACCUAAUGAAGAGGGAAAAAACAACUUUUACUUGUUAAGUAUUACAUGGGUGAAAACAGAUCAGGACAAUUUGAGCUUCCUUUUCUUUCUUUUUUUAGAAUAAGGUGGGAUACUUGCUGUCUAGUGGGAGCUUGUAUUUUUUCAUCCAGUGACAAGCCUAUCAUCCUACCUUCAUUUCUCAUUACUUUUCACAAAUGUCUCUUCCUCCCUCUGUAAUUCAGAGUUGUUGAUACCACUACUAUUAUUAAUUGCUAUUAUAAUUAUUAUUGCUACUGUUGUUACUAUUACUACUACUGUUACUAAUGCAACUUAUUGCAAAUAUGAUAACUGCUGUCCAUUUUCAGGUACGUGUCUGUAAAACCAGACCCUUCCACACAAUGUCAGUGUGCUGUGGAGCAUUUUCAUUACAAAUCAAGAAUGUUUGUUGACUUGUAUCUACAUCUAAUAUUAGUAAUAAUAAAACAUGGUUUAAUCAAAAUCA